AAACACAGGAUAGGUGAAUCUAGAAUUCCUCCUUUGGAGAAGCCUUCAUCCCUAAAACCUCUACUCAACAAAAACUUGCUUGAAAUAUUUUCCACCACAUUUCUGGGGCUAACACCAAAACUGAUGAAGAAACAGCCCUGCGACACACACACAAGUUUAAUGAGGGAAAAACAGACAAACCAGCAUGAAUGAUGCAUCUCCAGCCACCAGCUCUAAACACCAACGAGGAAGAGAAGCUUGUGGAGCCUCCUGUCUGGGAAACACGUGCCAGAGAGGGGUAUAAAAGCCCCACAGCCCAGAGCUCCUCAUUCACUCACUCACUCACUCACUCACUCACUCACUCACACACUCACACAGUCACUCACUCACACCUCCUCCAGCUCACCUCCUCCACACCCCAGCAUGGCCGCAUCCACCAUGUCCGUCUGCUCCAGCGCUUGCUCCGACUCCUGGCAGGUGGAAGACUGCCCAGAGAGCUGCUGUGAGCCACCCUGCUGUGCCCCCAGCUGCUGCGUCCCCGCCCGCUGCCUGACCCUGGUCUGCACCCCAGUGAGCUGUGUGUCCAGCCCCUGCUGCCAGGCGGCCUGUGAGCCCAGUCCCUGCCAAUCAGGCUGCACCAGCUCCUGUACGCCCUCAUGCUGCCAGCAGUCUAGCUGCCAGCUGGCUUGCUGCACCUCCUCCCCCUGCCGGCAGACCUGCUGUGUGCCCGUCUGCUGCAAGCCUGUCUGUUGUGUGCCCGUCUGCUGCAAGCCUGUCUGCUGUGUGCCCACCUGCUCUGAGUCUUCCUCUUCAUGCUGCCAGCAGUCUAGCUGCCAGCCGGCUUGCUGCACCUCCUCCCCCUGCCAGCAGGCCUGCUGUGUGCCCGUCUGCUGCAAGCCCGUGUGCUGUGUGCCCACUUGCUCUGAGUCUUCUUCAUGCUGCCAGCAGUCUAGCUGCCAGCCAGCUUGCUGCACCUCUUCCCCCUGCCAGCAGGCCUGCUGCAAGCCUGUCUGCUGUGUGCCCAUCUGCUGCAAGCCUGUGAGCUGUGUGCCCGUCUGCUCUGGGGCUUCCUCUUCAUGUUGCCAGCAGUCUAGCUGCCAGCCGGCUUGCUGCACCACCUCCUGCUGCAGACCCUCCUCCUCCUCCGUGUCCCUGCUCUGCCGCCCCGUGUGCAGGCCUGCCUGCUGCGUGCCCGUCCCCUCCUGCUGUGCCCCGGCCUCCUGCCAGUCCAGCUGCCACCGCCCAGCCUCCUGUGUGUCCCUCCUUUGCCGCCCCACGUGCUCCCGCCUGGCCUGCUGAGGCCUCUGCACAGGCCAGGAGUUGACCUGCUGCUGGGCACAUCCCCCAGGGCCAGCUGGUCCUGACUCAGGUUAGGAGGUUGCCCGGACCUGGGACAGGUCCCCAUGUCUCCACUGUGCUGAGGUGACCACCCUCCUUGCUCCCAGGAGCCCCCAUCCUCACUGCUCCCCAGCUCCUGCCUCCCAGCACUUGCCCACUUGCUGCUGGGCCCCUGUCCUCCCUCCCAGCUUCUCUGCCCUGGGUCAUUUGGCCUCGACUUGAGCCUGUCAGCACCUCUUCCUGCUCCCAAUAAACUCUCCUUGGUCACCUGA